AUGGUCGCCUUGAAACUCUCAUUUUUAAACCUUGUCUUUGGGGAUCUCCUCUGCACAGAGAACUGCAAAACCGACCUGGGAAACUGCUACAGUGCUUGCGAAGCUGACCAGUACUGUAAAUACCUGUGCACAGCCGAUUUCAACCGCUGCGAAGAAGAAUGCCCAGAGAGAAGCUGCGCUGAUUACUGUUGCGAGCAUCUCGGCUCAGGAGUUCCCGGAUGUUCCUAUAUGGUCAAGUAUUACGAUGCUAAAUUAUGCUCAGCCUCGUGCUCUGACGAGUGCUAUCUGUGCUACGAUACUGUCGUCAAUGAUUAUGAAUGCUAUACGUCAGCAUUGAAUGAUGUCACUUGCGAUUGCGAUAGAACCCUUUGCAACUAG